AUGCUCUCUAUAAAUAGCCAUAGCUUAAGGACGGCUAGCUCGUUGAAGCGAACCAUAUGUCGUGUUGAGCUGGUGCGACUAUUUUCAUCACACAAGAAGUUAACCGGCUUUUUUAGCACUCGAAAUGCUGUUCCCAUGCAAAAACCUCCAACUUCGUUGGAUGAUAUAUACUCCAAACUGAAAGCCCCGUCGGCGGCGAAGCCUUUCAAAGGAGAUUCUCUUUAUUUAUCAACUCCCACAGACGGUGUUUUAACCACCGUUAACAUCACUGCAGUUCAGAGAUGGAGCUUAUUCGAAGCUUGCCUCAAAUCCCGUGAUUACGAGAGAGCAGACUUAAUACUACAGAAUCUGUCGUCAAAAAAUGUGACUGACAAUCCAUAUUAUAUGGACGGAGUUUGUGAAUUUUUACGUGCUUGGGGUUCUGAGGAGGAUGUCAAGCUGGCAGAGGUGCGCAGCUGGAUAGAUCAUAUGUCUGAGAUGGACAGUUCAUUCAAAAAGGACCCCCGUGUUUAUGCAUGGGUGAUUAAGCUAUCAUUUGACAAAGGUCUUACACCGAGAGACAUUAUGAAGGAGUUUUAUUAUUAUAGACUUACUGCCUAUGGCAACACCAAUGCCGAUAUUUUGAGGUAUGUCGACAUCAUUGGGAUAUUUAAUGUGAAAAAGCUGGUCACUUUUGACUCCAGAUUGAGGGAUGAUAUUCCUAAUGACUACAAGGAAUUGUUUGAUAUACUAUUGUCGACGGAAAUGGAUGCCAAUACUGGUGUUCAGACCGCAGAUGCAUCUUCUAUGGGCAUCGCCGAACUUGCGACUAAUAGAAAGGGCAAAAUGACGGAGGACACCCACCAGACAACUGAAGCUGAAAUCAGACUAGCAUCAUCUUUUCCCGUCUUUACAGACGGGACUGCUACCGUUACCGGUACCAUAAAAGCCGAAACCGCAAAGCCCACGACAUAUAACGAGAUGGAUGUUGCAGAAGAAGAGGCCGAAGAUAACGAUAUCGAUAUCAAGCAGGUAAUUAAGCAAGCCCAGAAGAGAGUUGUAGAUUUGGAACAUGAGACUGGAAUGAUUCACAAUGGAACAGAUGAGUUGAAGUCUGUCUCAACUUGGAACUUGAAAGCCAUCCGCCAUUCUCUUCUAGGAUUGGUUAAUUCUUACAACAACGGAGAGUUCAUCAAGAAGUUUGCCCGGGAAGUGAGGCGAGCUGAAUUGAGUUUGGAUACAGACAAAAUCCUACAGGAUAUGAAAGACGGUGAGCAGAUCAAUUUCUUCGAACUGAGGAAAGGAUUGCCAUACAUGCAGCAGGAUAAAUUUGACGAAGUUAUGGAUAGAAUUUCUGAAGAGAGGGAAAUCGUUCUUGAAGGAACCAUGAUAGAGGCUGCCAAAGCCAAAUGGGACCAUGAAUUCGAGAAUCUGAAGGAUAAAUCCAUGCCUUCGUCCAUCGGUUCCUAUCUUCACAACUGGCUUACUCAGUUGGUGCCUCUCAUCGUGAAGGAUGUUGAAGAGUACCACAAAGCUCGUGAAUAUUUUUCUGAUCUGGAGAUAAAUCCAGAGGCAGAAAAAGCCUCCAAUUAUGACGAAGAGAGAUACAGCGAGAAAAUGAAGUACGCACCUUUCCUUACUUUGAUGAAACCAGAAAAAAUUGCCAUCAUCACAAUAUUAGAGGUGAUGAAGAGUGCCGUGACUUCUGACAUUGCUAGAGGUGUCGCAGUCUCUAAGAUGGUGAUGUCAGUCUCCAAGGCAAUCGAACUGGAGUACAAAUCCGAAAAGAUUUUGGCUUCUGAUGUGGAUGUUCACAGGAACUUCAAAGCAAUUAAGAAGACACCGGAGUUCAAAAGAUUUCUUAGAAGUGGCCAGGCUCAGAAGAUUAUUGAGACGGCUGAGGGAAAGUCACUCAAGAGUAACAGCACUGAGACAGACUCUUCAAAACUUCUUUGGGAUGCUGACUCUCAUUGCCGAGUGGGUUCUGCAUUGGUUUCAAUGGUCUUACAAGUUGCCAAAGUGGAUGUAGAGGGCGUUGAUCCCAAAACCGGCGAGGUUAAGAAGGCUUUAGCUCCUGCUUUCUAUCAUACUUACGAUUUUCAAAACGGUGGUAAGGUCGGUGUUGUGAAGGUAAAUCAAAAGUUUGCAUCUAAGCUUGGAAAGGAGAGAUUAGACCAAUCCAUUCAAGCACAGUACCUUCCAAUGGUUUCUAGACCAAGACCUUGGACUACCUACAAUGAUGGUGGUUAUUACUUGAAGAGAUGUCUGGUUUUGAGAUCUAAAAAUGCUCCAGAACAGUACGCUUAUGCAAAGGCUGCGGCCCUGAGUGGAAAGAUGGACCAAGUUCUGAGAGGUUUGAAUGCUCUCGGCAAUACAUCAUGGACAGUAAAUAAGAGGAUUCUUGAAACCAUGACCAAAGUCUGGAAUACCGGUGAAGCAUUUUUGGAAAUUCCAAAAGCAGAGGAGGAGUUAGUACUUCCUAAGCGUCCCGAAAAGGGUUGCGAGCCAGUGGAAAUAUUCCGUUAUCGUCGUAGCUGUCAAGAGAUUUGCAAUGAAUUUGCAAAGAACAGAUCAAUGCGCUGUGACAUGAAUUACAAGUUGGAGAUCGCACGCGCGUUCGUAGGAGAGCGUAUCUUCUUUCCACACUCUCUUGAUUUCAGGGGAAGAGCAUAUCCAAUCCCCCCGCAUUUCAACCACCUAGGCAACGACCUGUCCAGAGGCUUGCUUAGUUUCUGGGUUGGUAAAAAGCUUGGUGAAGAUGGCCUUCGGUGGUUGAAGAUCCACUUGUGUAACUUGAUGGGAAACGACAAAGUAUCUCUUGACGAUAGAGUUAUGUUCACCGAGGACCACCUUGAUGAUAUUCUUGAUUCUGUAAAUGAUCCUCUUGGUGGCAGAAGAUGGUGGAUGCAAGCUGAUGAUCCCUGGCAGCUCUUGGCUUCUGCAUUUGAAUUGACCGAGGCCAUGAAGCUACCAGAUCCUACUCAGUUUGUUUCUCAUCAACCUGUUCACCAGGACGGUACAUGCAACGGGUUGCAGCAUUAUGCUGCUUUGGGUGGUGAUAUCGAAGGUGCAAGACAUGUGAACUUGAUUCCUGCCGAUAAGCCUUCUGAUAUCUACACCCGUGUGUCUAAAAUCGUCCAAGCCGGCGUUGAUGAGGAUUGCAAGAACAAUGUUUCAGAAGCAGUCGCUACCCAAGACAUUAUCACUCGAAAGUUGGUGAAACAAACGGUCAUGACGAGUGUGUAUGGCGUCACAUAUGUUGGUGCUCGUGCGCAGAUUACCAAGAGACUUAAAGAAAUCGAAUUUGAUGAGGACGAGAUCUCAAAGUGUUCUUCCUACCUUACAGACAAGGUGUUCCAAGCUAUUAGAGAGUUGUUUGAUGGUGCCCAUGCCAUCCAGGAUUGGCUAGCAUUAGCUGCAAAGCGUAUCAGUAAAAGUAUUCGUUUGGACAUUGAUGUUGAAGAUGAUGCAGAAUUUUUGUCUUCUGUGAUCUGGACCUCACCUCUGGGUCUCCCGGUGGUUCAGCCUUAUAGAACAUACAAGACGAGACAAGUGCACACCAAUUUACAGACACUGGUGAUUCAUGAUCCUUAUGAGAUCAAGAAGGUCGAUGCUAGAAAACAGGCAAACGGGUUCCCACCAAAUUUUGUGCACUCAUUAGACGCCACUCACAUGCUUAUGUCCGUGAACAGAUGUCGUGAGCAUGGUCUUUCAUUCUCUUCCGUGCAUGAUUCUUACUGGACCCACGCGUGCGAUAUUACCUUAAUGAACAAGAUUCUCAGAGAAGAGUUUGUCAAAUUGCAUAAGAAUGAUUUGGUUGCCAAGCUUAGAAAUGAGUUUAUGAGAAGGUACGGAGAUAAUGUGAUUGUCGUGCAAGUGAACAAGGACAGCGAGGCUGCUGAGGCAGUGAGAAAGUUCCGAAAAGAGCUCAGCAAAAAGCUCGGAAGAACAUGCCACCUGAGUGAUGAGAUACAUAUUGAGAAGGAGAGAAGAGAUUUGUUGAAAUCGAGCGAUCCUGAACAGGUUAAGUUGGGCCAGCAGUUGAAGAGUUCCCUUACUGUGUUGCAGGACAUCAAUUAUGAUCAUACCUGUGAAGACGAUAACUCGGGUAAUUUCAUUAUGUUGGUUCCAUUCUGCCUGCCGCCUGUGCCUCCAAGAGGUUGCUUUGAUGUGUCCAUUGUUCAGAAGAGUAAGUACUUUUUCUCCUAA